UUAUUUAUUAGGUCUAAUCUAAAAUUUAAUUAUAGCAGUUCCCGGAAAGGAAAGCCUGAACUGUUCGCCGGCGAUAUAUCUGGUGACAAUGAAAGCCGUGGUGAUAACGAGGUUUGGCGGUCCGGAAGUUCUUGAGCUGCAAGAAGUCGAAGAUCCUAAAGUUGGAGACGACGAAGUGUUGAUUAAGAUCGAGGCUACCGCACUCAACAGAGCUGAUACUAUUCAAAGGAAAGGUUUGCAUCCUCCUCCGAAAGGAGCAAGUCCUUAUCCAGGCCUUGAGUGUUCCGGAAUUGUUGAAGCCGUCGGGAAAAACGUCUCCCGCUGGAAUAUCGGUGAUCAGGUGUGUGCUCUUCUUAGCGGAGGGGGCUAUGCCGAAAAAGUAGCUGUAACUGCUGGACAAGUUCUUCCUAUUCUACCAGGCAUUUCUUUGAAGGAUGCUGCUGCCUUUCCUGAGGUGGCUUGCACUGUCUGGUCAACUGUUUUUAUGAUGAAUCGGCUGUCUGCAGGGGAAACAUUCCUGAUUCAUGGUGGAUCUAGUGGAAUUGGCACAUUUGCAAUUCAGAUCGCUAAACACCAAGGAGUGAGGGUCUUUGUCACUGCAGGGACUGAGGAGAAAUUGGCUUUCUGCAAGGAUCUUGGAGCCGAUGUCUGCAUCAAUUAUAAGACUGAAGAUUUUGCUGCACGGGUGAAGGAAGAAACAGGAGGGAAAGGUGUUGAUGUUAUACUGGACUGUGUUGGGGGUCCAUACUUCCAGAGAAACCUUGACAGCUUAAGUGUUGAUGGUAGGCUUUUUAUCAUUGGCUUCAUGGGUGGAGCAGUUACAGAAGUGAAUCUUGCAGGCUUACUCACAAGACGCCUAACAGUACAAUGUAUUUUUCAAUCUUCUUAGUUCUUACCUUCCUUGGUUAUGUGGUCGGUGGUCUGAUGUUGUGUCUCUAAAGUUAAAUCAAUCAGAAUCCCAAAGUGAUAAUUUUGUAGGCAAACAACCGUAUCUAUCUACUCCUAGUCAUUAAACAUAAAUGGAUGAGUAUGUGGCUUUUCACUGUUCAUGCUUGAACAUUAAUUAGGGGAGGGGGUGGCCUGUGGGCCUAAAGUUUCUUCCCUUGUAGUUAGAUGGGAAUUGCACCAUGGAUGUUGCAUUACAAGCUACUUACUGUCUGUUUUGGGCAAGGGGGGAAUAUGAUUGUUUGCAUUUGCAUUAGGAAACUGGUCAAUGUUGUUAUAUCCAAGUCAUUUAAUGUGUUUUGUGCAUAUUAUGUUGUACAAAAAUAAUGCCUAGUUGAUACAUGUGAAAAUUUAUCUUCUUGUUUCAUUAUCUAAGAGAUAAAGCACCCUUGAUCAUGAUGGCUGUGUCUACAUAAUCCAACAUCCUUAAGAACUUCAACAUAAUGUGUGGGAGUUGAUCUACGUGAGUUUUACAUUUUCUAGUUGUUGUAUCUUAAGGACUUGAAACAAACAUGUUGGUGUAUUUCAUGAAUGCAAUAUCAUUUUUCCUAAACAAAA